CCGCGGGCGCAGGGGAGGGUCCACGUGACUCCAGCCUCCGAGGGGCAGCCCUUGCCGGGCCCGGGGCUCGGUGUGAGCCGUGGCGCGGCGGCAGCCCCGCGCACACCAAAGAGGAGGCGGCUGUGGCGGCAGCGGCGGCCCCAGCCAUGCUGUGCUAUGUGACGAGGCCGGACGCGGUACUGAUGGAGGUGGAGGUGGAGGCGAAAGCUAACGGCGAGGACUGCCUCAACCAGGUGUGCAGGCGAUUGGGAAUUAUUGAAGUUGAUUAUUUUGGACUGCAGUUUACGGGUAGCAAAGGUGAAAGUUUAUGGCUAAAUCUGAGAAACCGAAUCUCCCAGCAGAUGGAUGGACUAGCCCCUUACCGGCUUAAACUGAGAGUCAAGUUCUUUGUGGAGCCUCAUCUCAUUUUACAAGAACAGACAAGGCAUAUCUUUUUCUUGCACAUAAAAGAGGCCCUCUUGGCAGGCCACCUCCAGUGUUCCUCAGAGCAGGCAGUGGAACUCAGCGCCCUCCUGGCCCAGACCAAGUUUGGGGAUUACAAUCAGAACACGGCCAAGUAUAACUACGAGGAGCUGUGUGCAAAGGAGCUCUCCAGUGCUGCCUUGAACAGCAUUAUUGCAAAACAUAAGGAGUUGGAGGGGACCAGCCAGGCUUCAGCUGAGUACCAGGUUUUGCAGAUCGUGUCAGCAAUGGAAAACUACGGCGUGGAAUGGCAUUCUGUGAGGGACAGCGAAGGGCAGAAACUCCUCAUUGGAGUUGGACCCGAAGGAAUCUCCAUUUGUAAAGAAGACUUUAGCCCAAUUAAUAGGAUAGCGUACCCUGUGGUGCAGAUGGCCACCCAGUCAGGAAAGAACGUGUACUUGACGGUCACCAAGGAGUCUGGGAACAGCAUCGUGCUCUUGUUUAAAAUGAUCAGCACCAGGGCAGCCAGUGGCCUGUACCGAGCCAUAACUGAAACGCAUGCCUUCUACAGGUGUGACACGGUGACAAGUGCCGUCAUGAUGCAGUACAGUCGAGACUUGAAGGGUCACUUGGCAUCUUUGUUUCUGAAUGAAAACAUUAACCUUGGCAAGAAGUAUGUCUUUGAUAUCAAAAGAACGUCAAAGGAGGUGUACGACCACGCCCGGAGGGCUCUUUACAACGCUGGCGUUGUGGACCUUGUUUCCAGAAGCAACCACAGCCCUCCAAGCUCUCCUCUGAAAUCCUCAGAAAGCAGCAUGAACUGCGGCAGCUGCGAAGGCUUUCACUGCCAGCAGACCAGGGAACUCCAGGAGAAGCUGCGCAAGCUCAAAGAAGCCAUGCUGUGCAUGGCAUGCUGCGAGGAAGAGAUCAACUCAACCUUCUGUCCUUGCGGCCACACUGUGUGCUGCGAGAGCUGUGCUGCCCAGUUACAGUCCUGUCCAGUCUGCAGAUCGCAUGUAGAACAUGUUCAGCACGUCUAUCUUCCAACCCACACCAGUCUUCUCAAUCUAACUGUAAUCUAAUCUCUUGGGCAUGUAUUUGACAUACCAUGAUUCCAUGAACUGCACUAUUAUGAACUAUUGUGGAGAAAAUAUUUAUUCCAACAUCCUUCUGUCCUGCAAAGUUUGGAAGAAGAACAAAAGAAGGGAAAAAAGAAUACAACUACUCCUCUCUGCAAAACAUGCCAUGCAUAGAACCAACAGUUUCAGUGGUGACAACCAGGAAAAGCUCUGGGACCCAGACACAUUCCUUGGACUUUUGUUUUUUAUCAUCAAGUAAAGGAAUAGUAAAAUCGUCUUUGAUGUCAGUUCAGUGGCAACAUAACCAACAAGUGGGUACCUUUUAGGAAAUUAGGUUGUAAGCCUGCUUCCUGUAUCCUGAGGUCGGUUUCCUUCUUGCAGCAGAUUUCAUAAGAAUUCGUUUUAAGAAUUUAUGUGGUUCUUUUUGUAUUUUCAUGGAGCUCUGAACAUUUUUAAUAGGAAAACUUUUCUGAAAGGUCAUUGUUUUACAUGUCAUUUCUGUUUUUAUUACUUAUUCAAGACUGAUUGGAAGGUAAACAGAUUUAAUAAUCAAUUCUCCCACUCUUAAAAAGUUCCAAGUUGUCAGGUUUAAAUCAGUCUGGCUAGUAGAAAGUAGAUACCUCAGUGUGGGUGGCUCUCUUAUUCCUUUUGCCUCCCAUCAUCCCACUCCACCCCCUCCCAACGUUUCAGUUGUCAACUGUACCAUUUUGUUAUGAGAUUUUUCUGUGGGGUGGUCAAGCACUCUUUGGGACUCUUAUUAUUUUAAGAUUGAAAAGAGAGCACAUUCUCCUUGGGAGGGAAAUGUCUGCUCACUUAGAGUUGAAUUUUCAUGGUGUUCACACUAUGGUAGUUCUUUAGUCCUCCCAGACACCCACUCCAGCUCCACCCAUUGGUGUUGCUUCUGCUUGAACUAUUAAGCCUUUUACAGCCUUAUCAUAAGUAUCCUAGAUAGUAGGUACCUUAUUGGGGGGGGGGGGGCGGUAAAUACUUAAGUAUUAACUUUUGGUUGUCGCCUCGAUACGUUUUGGAGGGGUUUUGGUUCUUUUGGUUUCUGUUUGCUUAAACAUCUUUUCCACUCCCACUUGAGCAUUUUGGAUGCUGGUCAGCUGGUGGGUUUUCUAGGAUGUAGGGAAACCUAAAUGACCUUAUCGGGUGCAAUACUAGCUAAGUUAAAGCUAGAAACCUACACUGUCACUUUACUGAGAUUUCUGAGUAUACUUUUCAUAUUGCCUUAAUGUAGCAGUAAUGUGUUUAUGCAUUUGUUUCUUUGCACAGACAUUUUGUCAAAUAUUAAAACUCUACUUUUUUAUGGCACCUAUUAGCAUAUAAGCCUUUAUUCCAAGAGGUAUUUAUUUUUUCACUUGUAAAAAAAAUAAUGUUUCCACAUAAAGAACUCUGUUAUAUCCUAGAGGACUUCUGUCUUUUAUAUUCAGGAUAAUAAAGACUUUAAAGCAA